GGGGAAAGGAAGACUGAAGCUGAGAGUGUGGUUUCAACACAGAGGGGGGAAUAUCACUGAGCUUCAAAGAUUCUUUUUAGAACAUGGAUCCAAAUUCCUGCGCCUAAGGAAGGUCAGCCCUACAGAACGAACACGUAGGGUCGCAAAAGGUCACCAGCCAUCUUCAACAUGUGGCAUCUCUGGACAUCCGUGAUCUGCUUGUUCACCGCCUUUGCAUUCAGCAAUGGGAGAAUUCUACCUGAAACAACAGGAAGCAGAUGUCCCACUUUACCAAAUGAUGGAACUAACUUAGGAGAUGGAAACACAACCAACACAGGGUUCAAUCUGAUCCGCAGAUUCUCCAUACAGAAAUUAAGCUCAGUGAAAAAGAUUAGGAAUCCCAAAGGUCCUCUGAUCAUGCGACUUGGAGACGCCCGGCUAGUAGAACCAACAGCACAGGUGUUCCCACUUGGUUUUCCCAAUGAGUUCACACUUGUGGUGACCUUGCUGUUGAAGAAACAGACAACAGACGAAGAUUGGUACCUUUUCCACAUCAGUGACCAGCUUGGCUACCCACAGAUCUCCCUAGGCAUCAAUGGUAAGGACCAGAGUUUAGAAUUCCAGGCCAGAGGGAAAGACAAAGAGUAUGUGGGCUGUACCUUUACUGGGCAAGGUGUAUCUCGUGUUUUUGACAAUGGAUGGCACAAGAUUGUACUUAGUGUUCAAGAGACAGUGGCGUCUAUUCACAUUGACUGCAGUUUCAUGGCCUUCAAACCUAUUGAGCCAAGAGGACUUCUGGCCACCGAUGGGCACACCUUCAUCGGUUUGGAUACAGUGAAUGGUGCUCCAGUCCACAUUGAUAUUCAAAAAUUUUUGGUGUACUGUGAUCCACUGAUGGCUAUGCAGGAAGGGUGCUGUGAGAUCCUACCCUCAGGUUGUGUCCCCGAGGCUCCUAAAACAAGACGACAAGCAGAGAUGGCCGACAGCCCACAAAGCAGCAACCUCAUCGAGCUAUCCAGACAAUCCAGACAAGGCUACACGCGCUGCUUCUGUCUGGAGGAUGCUUUGAGCAAGAAGGGUGAGAAGGUGGUUUCUGGGAUGCCCAUCGAGCUGCCUCCAGAGUGUGUAUCCUGUGCUUUCCAGCUUCCUGAAGCCAAUACGACAAUGGGACCUCCUGGACGCAAGGGCUUGAAAGGAGACAGGGGGCAGACUGGCAGUUAUGGACCAAAAGGGGAGAAAGGAGAACGAGGUUUAGAUUGUAUCCGGACCUCAGAUCAAGGACCCCUCCAGUGUGCUGAGGGUGUGAAAGGUGAAAAGGGAGAGCAAGGUCAAGAGGGGCCAAGGGGCUUUGAUGGACCAUCGGGAUCUGAAGGAGAAAAGGGACAGAAAGGUGAAAAGGGUGAAAUAGGGUUGAAGGGCUUAUCUGGCACUCCAGGACGAGAUGGAAGGCCAGGAGAAAUCUGCGUAGUUGGACCUAAGGGUCAAAAGGGAGAAACUGGAAUUGUUGGUCCAGAGGGUCUCGCUGGAGAGCCUGGACCUCCUGGAAAGCCAGGAAUUCCUGGAAUUGGCAUCCCAGGAAGGCCGGGCAAUCCCGGUGGCCCACCUGGCCCGCCAGGAGAAAAGGGUCUUCCCGGAGUGCCUGGCAAAGAUGGCUCUGUCGGAAAACCGGGAAAACCUGGCUCCUCAGGAUUCAAAGGAGAUAAGGGAGAUCCAUGCGAGGUUUGUCCAGUUCUUUCUGGAGAUGGCAAGCAAAUAGUCACUGUUCCAGGAGCGAAGGGGGAUAAAGGAGAAAUGGGUCCUCCAGGUGUUGGAGAACCUGGAAAAUCGGGAGCAACUGGUGAUCCAGGACCCAAAGGUGAACAGGGAUCCCAGGGUAUAUCUGGAAAUAAAGGAGAAAAGGGGGAGCCCUGUACUUCCUGUCUCCCAAGCAUGGCUUCCUUACAGAAACUACCAGAGGUUCUUAAGGGAGAACCUGGGGAGCCUGGUAUUGGACUUCCUGGACCCACAGGAAGGCAAGGAGUGCCUGGCCUUUCAGGACCUAGAGGAGAAAAGGGGAACCAAGGGAUCGAAGGACCAGCUGGACCUCCAGGCCUAACUGGAGGAGAAGGAAGCCCAGGACCAGCUGGGAUCAAAGGAGAAAAGGGGGAUUCGUGCACCUUGUGUCCAACACUUCCAGCUGAAGCGACAAAGCCUGAGACAUUCUUUGCGUUACCAGGGCACCCAGGGAAGAAGGGGGAGCCAGGAGAACCAGGCGUUGGAUUGCCAGGAAAACAUGGCAAACCAGGGGAUCCUGGGAUAAAAGGACAAAAGGGUGAGACUGGAAGUGCAGGUGAUCCAGGUAUCCCAGGAACAGCAGGUGUACCAGGCAUACCUGGAGAACAAGGGAUUCAAGGCUAUGUCGGACCCAAGGGGGAGAAGGGAGAUGCCUGUGACUCUUGCCCAACCUUGGUGGAAGGGUUCUCAGAUGUCAUUGGUAUUCCUGGAAAACCAGGGUCUAAAGGGGACCAGGGGCCAGCCGGUGUGGGGCUGCCUGGAAAGCCGGGUCAACCAGGUCUGCCAGGAGUUCAGGGCCUGCCAGGACUGAAAGGCGCACAGGGAGAACCAGGACUUCCAGGGGAGGGAAGAAGAGGUCCACAGGGAGAGACUGGAGAGCGUGGCCUGUCUGGGAAACCGGGACCCCCAGGGCCUGAAGGUCCACCAGGAAUGAUUGGUCCCCAAGGUGAAAAGGGUAAUGUUGGACCAAAAGGGGCAACUGGUUCUCCUGGAAUUCCUGGAACUGGUGUCAUGGGACCUCAGGGGCGUGAUGGGUCACCAGGUAAACCAGGGUUCCCAGGAACUAAUGGUGUACCAGGCGAAAGGGGAAAUAAAGGUGAUAAGGGAGAUGCUGGAAUUUGUUCCUGCGCACCUGGCCCGUGGAUGGAUGGUGGCUUUUUUGGCCGACAGGAAGCUGCAGAAAGGGGGAAUGACUUCUGGCCAUUUGGGAUUCAGGGACCCCCUGGUCCACCAGGACCUCCCGGCCCACCAGGAUUACCCGGUCACCAGGGUUUGCCUGGACACAAUGGUAUGCCAGGACCACCUGGAGUGCCAGGAGAACUGGGACCCCUGGCUGCAGAAAGCAACAUUGAUAUCCUGAAGAGUAUUUGUGGGGACUGUGCCAGUGGGCAGAAAACUCAUCCACCCGUCACCAUGAAAGGACAGAAAGGAGAGCAAGGUCUGCCUGGAAUUCCUGGACCAGAGGACUGUGAGAGGUGCAAAUUUGAGAAUGAAGGUGAAGCUGGAGAUGAACCAGAUCCUGGUUGUGAAGGCAGACAAGGGCACCCAGGAAUAGCAGGAUUACCUGGACAGAAAGGAGAAGAGGGACCCCCAGGUGUACGAGGCUUUCCCGGACCUCCUGGGCCAAUGGGGCCCCCAGGUUUUCCAGGCACCCCUGGCUCCCCCGGAUUACCUGGCAUGCAAGGAGAACGUGGAUCACCUGGACCUCAAGGAGAAAAGGGAGAACUGGGACCUCCUGGUCUUCCUGGUUACCCUGGGGCAAUGGGACCUCCAGGACUCCAGGGCAGUAAAGGAGAGAGAGGAUACACUGGACCAGGAGGAGAAAAGGGAGAAUCUGGCCCCCCUGGGAUACCUGGAAUUCCUGGGCCUGCUGGCCCUUCGGGCCCAAGAGGAGAACGUGGAACUCCAGGAGGCCCUGGAGUGAAAGGUGAUCAGGGAUUUCAAGGCCCUCCUGGAUUCCCUGGACCUGCAGGUCCCCCUGGAUUUCCUGGAAAGCCUGGGUCUGCAGGACCUGCUGGCCCACCUGCUGAGAAGGGCUCAGAGGGGUCUCGCGGCUCUCCAGGAAUGACUGGCCCACCUGGCCCACCAGGACUUCCUGGUAUACAGGGACCACCUGGAAUUGAGGGAUUAGAUGGCAAGGAUGGGAAGCCUGGCCUGAGAGGAGAGCCAGGACCUCCUGGAUUACCUGGGAUGAAGGGCAUUCCAGGAUUCAAAGGGAAAACAGGUCACACAGGUCUGCCUGGGCCAAAGGGAGAUUGUGGGCCUGCAGGACCCCAGGGAAGUACUGGAAGGCCAGGGGCAGAGGGUGAUCCAGGCCCCAUGGGACCACAAGGACGUCCAGGGCCUCCGGGACAUGUGGGACCUGCAGGAGCUCCUGGACAGCCAGGCAAUCCAGGACCACCAGGACUGGGAAUGAAAGGUGACCGUGGAGCCCCAGGUGACCGUGGUCUUAUGGGCCUUCCUGGUGAACCGGGAGCCCCAGGACAUCCUGGACCUGCAGGCGAAAUGGGAGCAGAUGGAUCUCCGGGUAAAGAUGGUUCGUCAGGACAGCCUGGAAUCCCUGGUACUCAUGGACAGAAGGGAGAACCUGGUGUCCCUGGCUCAGCAGGGCCACCAGGUGAGAGAGGAAGGCCGGGAUUGCCAGGGGAUUCUACCAAGAGCUCUGCUAUGGGCAUAGUUGGCCCUAGAGGUCCUUCUGGGGAAAGGGGAACCCCUGGCUCACCUGGGCCUCCUGGUGCCCCAGGAAUUCCGGGAACUCCAGGAACAAUGAGUGAGCCGGUCAAUUAUGAUGAAAUUAGAAGGAUGAUAAGACAAGAGAUGAUCAAGAUCAUUGAUGAGAGGAUGUCAUAUUAUGCUCGCAUGCAAACGCCAGUUGAGAUGGUUUCUGCACCCGGAAGACCAGGCCCACCUGGGAAAGAUGGAAGCCCUGGACGUCCAGGAACCCCUGGAGCCCCAGGACUUCCAGGACAGAUUGGCCGUGAAGGACGGCAAGGAGUUCCUGGAAUGAGAGGUGAACCUGGAACAAAGGGUGAAAAGGGUGCCAACGGUAUUGGUGCGAUGGGUGAUGUUGGCCCACCAGGACCACCAGGACCACAAGGACCUCCAGGAUAUGGCAAAUUGGGAUUACCAGGGCCAAUGGGUCAGCAAGGUAUACCAGGUAUACCAGGACCACCCGGGUCAAAUGGUAACCCAGGGAAAGAGGGCAGAUGCAACCCAUCAGACUGUUACAGCAUGAUGUCAAUGCAGGAUUACCAGCCCAAGAACAUGAAGGGGCCUGGGCGAUAAAAACAAAAUCCAUCAACAUCACCCUCAACAAUUCUUCUACUGGAUCACCCAAGAGCUAUGUCCCGCUUCCUUGCCAGAGUGACCAGCUGCACAUUAUUUUGUGUAAUGUUUUAUACAUAUUGCUCCGUACCGUGAGGCAGGAUUUUCUGGCAGAGAAGGGGGAAAUUAAGUUAAAUCAACCUUGUAUUUGUAAUCAAGUCCUGUUUUCAAUUCAAGCCGUAGUUCUGUCAUUACCUUUUUUGUUGUCUGAUGUACUUUCUUUGUUGUCUUGGGACAUUCUGCUCCUUGUUAAGGUCAACUGUAACUGUCAACUUGUUAAGGAGUACACCCCCUUUCUCAUAUGCUGUGAUUUGGUCAAAUGUGAGGAAAUAAGGUUAAGAUUUGUUGACUCAGCAUAGAAAUUGAUCACCCAGAUGGACUGUUGUAUCAGACAAAUAUUUUUACCAAAAAAAAAUGUUGCCCACACAAUUGCAUUGGAGAAAGGCAGUUUCCUCUAGACUUUGGUUAAGUCUCUUUGAAUUGUGAUAUGAUCCAGAUAUGAGAAUAGGCCUUUUCAAAUGGGAACCUCCAAUUCAUCUUGUAACAACUAGUCCAGUUUCCAUGAGGUGUUUAAUCCACAACUACAUCUUGUAAUAAAGUGUUCUUUCUGAUCACAUUAGUUAUUUACAAAAAGAUUUAUGAUUCAAAAAUUGCAUAAACAAAAAUACAAAUAUAAUCCAACAUGUAAAAUUGUGCACUUGAUCUUUGUUUGUUUUAGCGCUGCAAUCUUUUCUUGUUAUUCGUCUGCUGCAGUACAUGAGAUAAACAUAAUGAUUGUAAAAGGUGUGAGGAAGAGCUGGUACGAUACAAGUGAAAUCUGUUCUAAAAUUGCCUCAUUUCUAUUACCGAAUGCAGCAUUUUGGAUUAUAUUUGAUCAUCUUCAAUGGAGAGAACUUGUAAAAACACACAAUAAUUUUUUGUAUAUGUCUGUUUCUUGCUACAUUGAUGUAUUUACAUUCAAUUUAAUUUCUGUGGUCACAAUAACUUCAUGAAAAUUACAUUUAUUGGUGCUGCCUUUCAGAAAACUAGUAUUUUUGCUUUAAUGAAAUCAUAAUAUUUCCUCUUCUCGGCAAAGGUUGAGAAAGAACGUUUUUUUUUUUUUGCCAGGUGUACAAUUGCCAACACAAGUGUUUUGUUUACAUUUGUACAUAUUUUUUACUUGUUCAGAAUAUAGUUUAAAGAACCCAUUUAGUAAUGCUGUAAAGGUCCCCAAGGUCCUACAAGAACCACAUCAGUCAUUUUUUAUUCAGGACUUUAUCUUGUCUGCCUUUACCACUGUUUGUAGUUGUUGAUGCAUUAUGUUGGUAAAUAAAUGGAAACCUGGUAUACAAGUGAUCCAUUUGAAGGUGCAGAAA